AUGCUUUUAAUGCUAGAAGUUAACUCUGCCGAGUUUACAAGAUAUGUUACUCCGAAAGACGUGGAAAGCUCGGGCAGGUCGCCGACGAAAUACGGCGCCAAACUUAAAGCUUUAAUCAAGCCUAAUCCGAGCUAUAUGACUGAAGAAGCUCACCGAAAUAUCCGCACAACAAGUGUUUUUGAUACUGAGACAAAGACACAUUACUGGCUUACAGUUGUCGCCCAAGAUUACGGCGUGGUUCCUCUUUAUUCAACACUGGAGGUCUAUGUGGAAAUCAAAAAUGUGAACGACAAUGCUCCACUGACUAAGGAACCGGUUUACUAUCCUCAUAUUAUGGAAAACUCACCACCUGGAACACCUGUAAUCCAAAUAACAGCUACAGAUCCCGAUUCCCCUACAAUUUUGUACAGGAUAACGUCUGGAAAUCCAGAGAGUUUCUUUUCCAUCGACACUCGCACUGGUGUCAUCUCUACAACUGGAAGAAAAUUAGAUCGAGAAUAUCAAGCAGAACAUGUUUUGGAGAUUACAUUAACUGAUGAUGGAACACCUCCACUGCAUAGUUCAACACGAGUGGUAAUUACCAUAGACGAUGAAAAUGACAACAGUCCACAUUUCCAAUAUAAAUUUUAUAACAUUCACAUUCCUGAAACAAGGCAUCAUGAAGCACCUCUUAUUCAGAUCAUAGCUAUCGACAAUGAUUUAGGAAAUAAUUCUUCCAUAUUCUACGAAGUUAUGUCUGGCAGAGGGAAAAACAAAUUUAAAAUCCACCCCACGGCUGGAGCAAUUUAUUCCCUAAGUUCAUUUCAGCAUGGAGAAGAAUAUGAUUUAUUAGUACGAGCUACAGAUCAAGGAAAGCCUAAUAAAUCUGCCAUAGCAAAAAUCUCGGUUCGAGUCCUUCCAUUACCUGACGAUUCCAAACAUCCACCAGACUGUAAGACCAAAGACCAACAUGUUUCAGUUCAAGAAAGCGAUUCAGUUGGAUUUUUAGUUAUUUUAAUACAGUGUGACGAUUUAGACGGUGAUGUCCUUUGGUACAAUAUUAUAGACGGCGACCCUCGCUCAGAAUUUAUGAUAGUCGGUGACGAAGGUAGCAUACUCUUAGCGAAACGACUAGACUGGGAAGUUCAGUCUAAGUACAAUUUAACCAUCAAAGUUACUGAUGGAAUAUACAAUGCAUACACUCAGGUUUUUGUAUCUGUUGUUGAUAUUAACGAAUACCGUCCCAUAUUUUCUAAACCUAUUUAUACUGCCAACAUAUCCGAAAGUUCUGUGCCUGGAACAGAGGUUGUAAAACUAACAGCUACUGAUGCUGAUCGGGAUAGCAAAGUUGUUUACAGUUUGUACAAUGCUCAAAGCCCUUCAUCGCUUCAUUUGUUUAAAGUAGAUUAUCAGACCGGUUCUCUUUCCGUUGCAAAACCACUGGAUAGAGAAACGAUAGCAGAACAUAUUAUUACAGUCAUGGUAAAAGAUCAAGCAACUCCAGCAAAAAGAAAUUUUGCAAGAGUAAUCAUUAAAGUUAAUGAUGCAAACGAUCACGCUCCUGAAUUCAGCGUGUCUAUUAUGCAAGGACGAGUUUUCGAAACAUCGCCGAUUGGUACUACUGUUCUUUCUUUAAAUGCAGUCGAUAAAGAUCAUGGCAUAAAUGCCAAGGUUGUAUAUUCCUUACAAUCUGGAAAUGUGGGCAAUGCAUUCUUUUUGGAUCCAGUAAUUGGAAGUAUCAAUGUAGCAAGGGAUUUGGAUAUUAGUAUAAUGAAUGAGUACAUGCUUAUAAUAAAAGCCUCGGAUUCUGGAAAUCCUCCAUUAGCUAGUACUAUACCAGUUCAUAUCAUAGUUGUGAUGGCAGACAAUGCGCCACCAAGAUUUACCCGAAGGGAAGUUGCAGCAGAAUUAUACGAGAAUGAGCCAGCAAGAAUUGUAGUGAAGCACCUUGAAGCUAGAAGUACAUCAUCAUUACAUUAUGAAAUAGUGCAAGGAAAUGUGGACAAUGCAUUUUACGUCAAUCCUACUACUGGUGCUGGUGCUAAAGCUGUGUGUCAUGUUGUUGUGCACCUAAUGGACAGAAAUGAUAAUCCUCCUUAUUUUCGUGAAACUUUAUACCAAGGGUGGAUCAAUGAAGGAGCGCCUAUCGCUUCGCUUGUAUUUUAUAAUCAAAGUUCCCAUCUUGUAUUAGCGGCUUCAGAUGAAGAUUCUCAGCUGAAUGCUUUAUUGCAAUACGACAUUGUUGAACCAGGGCCUCAGAGAUGGUUUCACAUUGAUUCUACAACAGGUGCAAUAAGAACAAUAGCAACAUUAGAUCAUGAAACAGAUCCGUUAAUAGAAUUCCACGUAAAAGUCACCGACUUAGGAAAACCUCGCCUUUCUUCAGAAACGCUUGCUAAAGUUGUGAUAAAAGUGAAUGAUAUUAAUGACUGCAGCCCAAAAUUUUCUCAACGCAUUUACAAUACGUCUAUCCUAACACCAACUUACGCAAAUAUUGCAGUUCUGCAGCUGAAUGCCACUGACAAAGAUUCAGCAAACAUUACAAAACUCUCUUUUUCUAUACGCUCAGGUAAUGUGGAUAAUGUUUAUAGUAUCGGGUCUGAAACAGGAAUCAUUACUGUUCACGAUCCAAUCAGUGGUGCCAAAACCGCACCACAUAGACUUAGAGUAGCUGUCACCGAUGGAAAAUUUGUUGAUGAAGCGAUGGUGUACAUUACCUGGGAACACAGCCAAGAUUCAGGAUUGAAAUUUCAAAGAUCAAUUUAUCAUGGAUCUGUACUUGAAAAUUCGACGAAAUCAAUAACCGUAGCUGUAGUUACUGUAUUAGGAAGCCAUUUGAAUGAGCAUUUAACUUUUUCGAUACUAAACCCAUCACCAUAUUUUACUAUUGGACCUACUUCGGGUGCAUUGAGAACAACAGGUGUAAGAUUUGAUAGAGAACACCAAGAACGCUAUCAACUGAUAGUCCAGACAAGAAGUAAAGAGUCAAGGGAAGAUGAAAUUCGAGUCGCCCAUGUGGCAGUAAAUGUCACCGUUUUAGAUAUAAAUGAUAAUUGCCCGAUGUUUGUCAAUUUACCGUAUUAUGCUGUUGUGUCAGUCGAUGCCAAGAAAGGAGAUGUAAUCACAAAGGUGCAUGCGAUAGAUUUAGAUAAAGGAGAAAACGGAGAAGUUCGUUAUGAACUUAUAAGAGGAAGCGGUGAUCUGUUUAAAGUAUGCAGGAAAACAGGAGAAGUUACACCAAAACAAGCAUUAGAAGGACAUAAUAGAGAGUACCAAUUAAUUAUAGCUGCUUAUGAUGGAGGGAGUACACCUUGCUCAACUAAAGUUAACGUUGUCGUGAAAGUUAUGGAUAGAUCAAUGCCGAUUUUUGACAAACAGUUUUACACAGUGUCUACACUAGAAAAUAUAGAUCUUCAUUCUCCUUUAUCGAUUUCUAUACAAGCAGAAUCGCCAUUAGGAAGAAAAUUGAUUUAUUCUAUUGUUAGUGGCAAUAAUGACGAGAAGUUUGCUGUCGACUUCAAUACAGGUGGACUGUAUGUGGUGGAUGAGCUAGACUAUGAGACGCAACAAGAAUAUGCCCUUUAUAUAAGGGCGACAGAUAGUGUAUCUGGUGUCUCAGCCGAUGUACCAGUAAACGUUCUAGUUCUCGAUGUAAACGAUAGCCCUCCAGAAUUCAUGGAUGAUGCUUACAAUGUAUCUGUAUCUGAAGCUGCACCGUUCGGGACAAUCAUAUUAAAAUUAACUGCUCACGACAAUGAUACGGGUUUAAAUGCGAAAAUUAGAUAUUCACUGAAGAACGAUAAUAACACAACGGAAAACUUUCAUAUUGAUCCUGAAGAUGGUUCGAUAUAUUUAAAACGCUCUUUAGACCAUGAAACACAAACUCUACAUCACAUAGUUGCAAUCGCUACCGACUGCGGUAUUCCUAAUCUGUCGAGCUCAGUGCAUGUUUGGAUUAAAGUUCUUGACAUGAAUGAUAAUCCUCCGAAGCUUGAAAAAAAUAUUUACGCUUGGCUCUCGGAAGAAGCUAGCAGAGGACAAGUUGUGACUAUAGUCACAGCGAGUGAUCGUGAUUCAGUUGAUCACAAGAGAUUAGUAUAUAGCAUAGUCGGUGGAAACCAACAGCAGACGUUUUUCAUGGAUCCAACAACAGGUACACCUGUUGUUAAAGUUACAGCGACUGACAAAGAUUCGGAUCCGUACGGCUACGUCAGCUAUUUCAUUAGCUCGGAUAAAAUUUUAGAAUCCUUCGAAAUUUACAAUUUGACAGGAGAAAUCAUGACAAAAGUAUCUCUCGAUAGAGAAAAACAAAAAGUUUAUGAAAUUCCAGUUGUUGCAAUAGAUACUGGAGGAAAAGUAGGAUUUUCUAUUGUCCGCGUGUGGAUUUCUGAUGCAAAUGACAACUCUCCUGUUUUCGUCUUGCCAGAAUACAAAGCCUGCAUUCACAGCAAUUUUUCUAUAAAUUCUGUAUUUUUAAAGGUAAAAGCUGUUGAUAAAGAUGAAGACCAUUCUGCACAAAUUGAAUAUUCAAUUUAUGAAAAAGAAGCCAGUGGGGUGAGAGAUCUAUUUCAAAUAAACAAGAAUACAGGCGGUCUGUCUCUUCUAAGAUCAGCUUUACCAUCAGAAAACCAGAUGUUCCAGUUUUUUAUUCGAGCUACAGACAAAGGCUUCCCUCCAUUGCACUCUGACGUUCCGGUUGAUAUUUAUAUAAUGUCGCAGAAAGAUGUUUCACCGAUGUUCGAAAGAAGGGAUGAUAAAUUUUUCGUCACUGAGAGUGCUGCACCAGGAACUGUAAUAACAAGAGUGAAAUUGAUAACGGAAAUGCCUGUCAACUACAGACUUCUCUCUGGCAAAGAUUAUUUUAUUAUUGAUCCAAGUGGGGUAAUUUCUUUAAGCGGGCGUCUAGACAGAGAGUUAUUCCCUUCACAUGUAAUCGGCGUAUUAGCAUAUACAGAAUCUAGCCCACCAUUGACCGCAGUUACAGAAAUUUCUCUUCAAGUAUUGGACUCGAAUGAUAAUAAACCUAUUUUCGACAGCGCUGAAUACAAAAUAAAAAUCGCUGAAAAUAUCAAGGAAGGAAGUCCAAUUUUAAAAGUGCAUGCAUCAGACGCCGAUGAAGGUACAAAUGGUGAGAUCCAAUAUUCUCUCACCGGGCCUGGAACUGCAAUAUUUUCUAUUGAUUCUCACACAGGAUGGAUAAUAUCCCUUGUAGCUUUAGAUCGGGAAAUUACCGAACAUUAUACAUUAACUGUGAUAGCAUCCGAUAGUGGCGCACCAACACACACUUCAAAUGCGACAGUUUUUAUCACUCUAAUUGAUUAUAAUGAUAAUCCACCAAAAUUUGUUAAGAAUUCUUAUUCUGCAUCGGUAAGCGAAAAUGCGAUGGCUGGUACUGUCGUAGUGCAGGUAUCCAUCACAGACCGAGAUAGUGAAAGCUCGAACAUCGUAUUCUAUAUUAUUGGUGGAGACCCUCAUAGCCAAUUUGAUGUGAAAUUAAGUGGUGAGGUUUAUGUCACUCGGCCGCUGGAUAGAGAAGCUAUUGACAAAUAUAAACUGUCCAUUUUUGCUACUGAUGGGAAACAUUCUACUGUAACAACUCUUUAUGUGGACGUUUUGGAUGAAAAUGAUCAAGAACCAUACUGUUUGCUCUAUCGUUAUAAGGAGACGAUUUCAGAAGCGGUUCCUCCUGGAUAUUACAUUCUUACUGUGAAGGCAGUCGAUCUCGAUUUAGGUUCUAAAUUAAAAUUCUAUUUAACAGGGGAUAAUGCAGAAUAUUUUAAUUUAGAUAGAACAACAGGAGAACUGAAAACGCUUAAGAGUUUGGAUCGCGAAAGAAUAUCCGAAUUUCAUUUAACCGCUCAUGUACAAGAUCGUGAGCAUAUUGAAUGGGAGUGUAUUUCGCACAUCGACAUAACUGUUCUUGAUGUAAAUGACAAUGCUCCUGUCUUUUCGUCGUCCAAUUUAUCUGUCAGUGUUUCUGAAGGGGCUUCGAUCGGAAGCCUCGUCACUAAAAUCCAUGCUAUAGACGAUGACAUAGGUGUAAACAGGAAAAUUAGAUAUGUAUUAGUGGAUUCAGCUGAUGGUCAUUUUAAAAUAGUAUCUGACAGCGGAAUAAUUACUCUUGCUCGAGUCUUAGACCGAGAAACUAAGGAUUCGUACAAUCUCACAGUCAAGGCUGUGGACCAGGGGCUUCCCCAGCUUUGGAAUGUUGCUUCGCUCACAGUCCAUGUGCUAGACGUCAAUGAUAAUCCACCUGAAUUCCAAACAAGAACACACCACGCGUCGAUACCCGAGAAUGCCGCUAUAGAUACCCAUGUGACACAGGUCAUGGCGACGUCGAUAGAUGCUGGCAUCAAUGCUCAAAUUGAAUAUUCAAUUGUCGGUGGUAAUGAACACGGAAAAUUUGCAAUUGAAUAUGACACAGGAAUAAUAACUAUUGCUCAACCUCUUGAUUAUGAAAGAGCUCGUGAAUACCUUAUUACCGUUCAAGCUACUGAUUUGGGUGUACCACCCUUAUCAAAUCAAGCGACAGUAAAUAUAACUGUUCUAGACAGCAAUGAUAAUGCACCUGUGUUUUCUGAAGUAUCUUAUUCUGCAAAAAUAGCCGAAGACGCCAUGAUAGGUGAAAUUGUAGCUCAGGUUUCUGCUACUGAUCUAGACACCGAAGAAAAUGGAGAUGUAACGUAUUCUAUAGAAAGGGGUGAUGCACACCAACAAUUUUCAAUUCACCCUAAAACUGGAGAAGUUUCUGUAAUUCAGCCAUUAGAUCGAGAACUUGUUUCCAGUUAUGUUCUACAAAUCCGAGCUAGUGAUAAUGGAGAGUCAGUGCUAUCAAGUUCAGCAAUUUUAAAGAUUGAAGUCUUAGAUGUAAAUGACAACCCUCCUCUUUUUACACAAACAAAUUAUACCGUUAUUGUGCAGGAAGAUAAACGUCCAGGAUGGAUUGUUUGUCAGCUUCUUGUUACAGAUAGUGACAUUUCUCCAAAUGCGGGACCAUUUAUUUUUGAUAUUCUUGCUAAAAAAGGAGUAUCGGCCUUUAGAAUAGAAAAGGAUGGUACAAUUCGAACUGCAGCUCUAUUAAGUCAUAAACUUGAGAGUACUUACACAUUGCACGUUCGCGUUUUUGAUAAUGGGAAUCCUCCUUUGUACUCAGACACUUGGGUAAUCGUGAAGGUUAUUGAAGAAUCCCAAUAUCCACCUAUUGCAACUCCUCUUGAUAUUUGGAUCGGUUCUUACCAAGAAAGAUGGGAUGGAGGAGAAAUAGGACGUGUCCAUGCUACAGAUCAGGAUCAAUUUGAUAUUCUGAAUUUUUCACUUGUGCCUUCACAUCAAGUACCUGGCAUAUCACCUUAUAACUUCAUAACUACACAGAGAAAACGUUUAUUAAAAGAAUUGCGAUUAGUGUUAAAGAAAGAAGUGUCAUUAAUAAGUGUUCAAGAUAGUGGCAGUGGCGAUACUGACGUUUUGUUAUUUAUUAAAGGAGGAGUAGAUAUUCAAUCGUUAAAUUCUGCCUUGUUGACAAUGAAUCUACCGCUACUUCAACUAGAAUGUAAUUGUUUAAACGGGGCGUUGUGUCGUCAGCGGAUUGCAUUGAACCCAGAGAGGGUCAUAACAAUUUCAAGUGAUUUGAUUUCAUUUGUUUCUCCAUCUCAUUCCCACGAUGUUUACUGUGCAUGCAACCUCGGAUAUUCUGGAGAACGGUGUGAUGAAUUGAUCCCACCUGCACAAUGUGAAUGUCCACCGUCUCAAACGUGCAUCGCGCAGCCGGCUCCACCGGGCUUCGUUUGCGCUCCUCCUUCUCCCGCUUCACCUCUUUGCUCUCCAAACCAUACCUGCCCACCUCCACAAACUCCAUCGUUCAAAUCCGCUUUUUCCAUAAUUACAUGGCAGCAAUUGAUGAUUGCUGGAAUCAUCAUUAUUAUAAUUUUAGUUUUGUGCCUAACAUGUUUAAUAUGCAAAUGCUGUUGUCGAAAUUCGCGACAAAAUGAUUUAGACAAAACUUCCUCCGUGUUGAAUUCUGAUGUCAAAAGAACGUCGAAACUGAGCAAUUUAGAAGUGACCCAGUGCAUCCCUCGUCCUGCUUCCUACACUUCAGGUUCACACAAUGACGUUUAUGCUGGCCCGUUGAACAAUUUAGAUACCGUACGUAGUUAUGGUUCAGCUGGUGAUGAAUUAGAGAGUGUCCCUCCUGAUUAUGUUAAAAAUCUAAAUCGCAAUGCCAACAGUCCAGGACAUAAAAUUAAUAACGGUUAUCAUUGGGAUUGCUCAGAUUGGGUCCGGCCAAAUCAAAAUCCUCUCCCAAAUAUUACGGAAGUUCCAGGAAGCGAGGUACCCGAUUCAUCAAGCUUCCACAGCAAUGACAGCAAUGACUCCAAUACCGUUCAGCAAGGCCAGCAUCAUGCACAGUCAACUAUCAUAGACCCAGCUAGAGAUUUAGCAACCUUAGACGAAGAGCUUUAUAUGACAUAUCGCAGUGAGGAAGAUGAUGUUAUCACAUAUGGAUUCCCCCAGAGAUAUCCGAGUCAAAGUGAUGUUUCAACAAAUUUGUGUGAUAUAGAAGAUUCUGAUGUGCCAACGUAG